AGGCCUUCUUAACAGUAAUGCUCCACUAUUAAUGAUAAUUUAGGUUUUUUGCUUUAGCUGUAGAAUCGACAGGUAUUUUGACGGCUUCAAUUAGAUUUUUAAUCGAAAUGAAAAAGUCUGUGUACAGUAUUACAACCUUUAUUUCUAAGAGAGGGUUUCAUUUGGCCAGUUGCAACAUGCAAAAAACAACAAAGUUUUUUGAGCCAUGUAUUAAACCCAUGUUACCCCCAGGGACAUUUAAAGACCGUAUAGCAUUUAUUACUGGUGGAGGCACAGGGUUAGGGAAGGGAAUGGCUUCAAUGUUGGCAUCUUUAGGAGCUCAAGUGGCAAUUGUUAGUCGAAAACUUGAUGUUUUGGAAAAUACUGCAGAAGAAAUAAGUAAAUCAAGUGGUCAAAAAGUGGUGCCAAUAGCAGCUGAUGUGCGAGACCCUGAAGCAAUUAAGAAAGCAGUUGACGACUGUGAAAACAAGCUUGGGUUACCCUCUAUAAUUAUAAAUAAUGCAGCAGGCAACUUCAUCUCGCCAACUGAGCGACUGUCACCUAAUGCUUGGAAAACUAUAAUAGAUAUUGUUCUGAAUGGAACUGCUUAUGUAACUUUAGAAACUGGAAAACGCCUUAUUAAAGCUAAUCAAGGUGGAGUUUUUCUGGCUCUUACGGCAACAUACUGCACUCAGGGGUCAUCAUUUGUUGUCCCUAGUGCAGCAGCGAAGACUGGAGUUGAGGUUCUAACCAAAUCUUUAGCUUCUGAAUGGGCCCAGUAUGGGAUGAGGUUUAACUGUAUAGCUCCAGGGCCAAUUGAAACUAAGGUACGUUUAUGGAAAGAAAUGCUGAUGAUAACUAAUCUAUUUAAAUACGACAGUUCAAAUUUUGUCCAAAAGCUAAAACCACCUGGUAGAAGUUUUCGCACGUAUCAGCUGUUU